AUGGCCAGCGAAGACGUCAAAGAGGAGAAGGAUGCCCUCGACGCGCUCGAGUUAGAGGCGAAGGAGUUCGACAAGGAUGCCGAAAUCGACAGAAUCCUCAAGGCCUUCAGGUUAGACGCCUACGCCGUUCUCGACCUGCAGCCCGGCGUGCCCGAGUCCGACAUCAAGAUCUGCUACCGCAAAAAGUCGCUCCUCAUCCAUCCGGACAAGACCAAGAACCCGCUGGCGCCCGACGCCUUCGACCGGCUGAAGAAGGCGCAGACGGAGCUGAUGGACGAGAAGCACCGCGAGCGCCUCGACGAGGCCAUCGCGGACGCGCGCAUGCUGCUCAUCCGCGAGAACAAGUGGACCGUCGACAGCCCCGAGCUCAAGACGGACGAGUUCGCCAAGAAGUGGCGCGACAAGACGCGCGAGGUGCUCAUCGACAACGAGCACCGCCGGCGGCGGCAGGUGAAGGCGCAGAUGCAGGAGGAGGGCCGCGAGCAGAAGAAGCAGGACGAGGAGACGGAGCAGCGCAAGCGCAAGAGGCAGCACGAGCAGGACUGGGAGGCCACGCGGGACCAGCGCAUCGAUAGCUGGCGGAGCUUUCAGAAGGGCAAGUCCGGGGACGGGAAGAAGAAGAAGAAGAUGAAGCCCAUUGGUUGA